AUGAAAAUCCUCAGCUGGAACUGCAGAGGUUUGGGGAAUCCUCGGGCAGUUCGAGCCUUGUCAAGGCUCAUCAAAUUAGAAAACCCCUCUUUGGUUUUCUUGAUGGAAACCAAAUUGAAGUUGGAUGAGAUGCAGAAGGUAUCAUCAAAGUUGGGCUACAAAUUCUCGCAGACAGUGGAGUGUAGAGGAAGCGGCUACUGUCAGUUGGAGGAUGAAGAAGGUCCUUGGUCUUUCUUGGGAUUUUAUGGUUUUCCAGAUGAGCUUCGCAAAAGAGAUUCGUGGCUUUUGUUGGAAGGGGUUUUUAGGGAGCUUGAAGGUAAAUUUUUGGCUUUUGGAGACUUUAACGACACAGUUCAAGAAAGUGAAAAACGGGGAGGAAAUUGUAGAUCCUCUUCUCAAAUGGCGUGGGGAAGACAAUCUCUAGCGAAUUGCAAUUUAAUUGAUGUGGGAUUCUGGGGUUAUUCGUUUACUUGGACGAAUGGGAGACAGGGGAGUGACAAUAUUCAGUGUAGGCUGGAUCGGAUUAUUGCUAACAACUCUUUCAUGGAUUAUUUACUACUCUCAAAGGUGGUUCAUCAUCCCCGAUUCGGUUCAGACCAUGUUGUCUUGAGGAUUGUGGUCGAGAAAGAGACUUUUGUGGAGAAAAAGAGGCACUUAUUCAGGUUUGAGGAUGUGUGGCUUAGAGAGCCAAGUUGUGAGAGAUUGGUACGCCAACUUUGGUCUGAGGCUACUGGUUUUAUUUCACACAGGACUAAAGCUAUCCAAGCUCUUCAAGAUGUCUUCAAAGGUUUAAGAACAGGGAAUAUUGCAAAAGAGCUGAAACGUGUUGAACUGUUGCUCUAA